AUGAAUGACACAGCAACUAUCCAGACCAGGAAGCACAGGACCAACCAGCUACUUCAGAGGAAAGAAAUGGUCUUUGAUGUCCUUCACCCUGGGAAGGCAGCAGCACCUAAGACAGAAGUUCAGGGAAAGGUAGCCAAAAUGUACAAAACCACACCAGGCAUUACCUUUGUGUUUGGAUUCAGAACUUAUUUUGGAGGUGGCAAAGAAACUGACUUUGACAUGAUUUAUGUUUUCUUGGAUUUUUCAAAGAAAAAUGAACUUAACUAUAGACUGGCAAGACAUAACCUGUAUGAGAAGAAAAAGACCUCAAGAGAACAGCAAAAGGAACAUAAGAACAGAAGGAAGAAGCUCAGCAGGACUGCGAAGGCACAUGUUGGUGCUGGUAAAAAGCUAAAGCAGGGAAGAUUCUGUGAUGACAUUUUCUUCAGUAAGUGUGCAAAUUUUUCAUGA